AUGAUGAAAGCCAUCAAGCAAGUUGCCGUCAUUGGUGCAACCGGCGCAUUGGGAGAGGUUCUCAUCCCAGCACUCCUGCAAGCUGAUUUCGAGGUGACAUGCAUCACUCGACCCGGCAGCCAAAAGAGCCUUCCCGCCGGUGUGCACGUAAGAUCCUCCGACUACUCGAAUGUCGAAGCUCUCACACAGGCUCUGGGAGGUCAAGAAGCCGUUGUCGAGGCUGUCAAUCCAGCAGCCGCAUCCUAUCAGACCAACAUCCUGCAAGCAGCCUCGGCCACCGGAGUCAGGCACAUCAUCACCCCAGACUUCAGUGGCAAUACGUUCCAUCCCAACGCCAAAGAUGCUCUUAUUUUCGGUCCGAAGUUGGCAGCUCAGCGUGAACUUGAACGUGUCGUCGCCGAGUCAAACGGGUCGUUGUCAUGGACGGCCAUCAUAACUGGUCCAUGGUACGACUGGACAAUCGAGCGUGGAAUCUUUGGAUCAACAAAGAACGACGAACCAUCACUCGCUACGGUUCCGGAGACCAGAAAUGCAGCAUCAAACAGGGCUGCCUAUUUUGCCAGCCACAGUGUAUCGACAAAUUACCUGAUUGCACUGGUUGAAGAUCUUGGUCUCGAGGGUUGGGAAACUGUUGACGUGCCAUUUGACGGGUUUGCAGAGAAGACUCGUGCUUUGUGGCGGGAGGAUACAGAAAAGGGAGUCGAGGACAGACUCAACUCCUGGGCAUAUGCCGCCCUUUCCACCGUGGCACUGCUGGAUGAAGAUAAUAAGUACGGUUCCAACUUCGAGGACCAAGUUGAGUCCGGAUGGGAUGAAGGCGAGCGCGCGCUGAAGGACAACCUGAAGAGACUUCUCGCGUAA